AUGGUUGCUCUAAUCGAUCUGUGGAGAGCGAAAGAGACUUGCAAGGAGAUCAAAAAUAUCAAGAAACCAAACUCCGAAAUAUGGACGAUGAGACACGGCUUCUUCGCAAAUAUGGGCGGAUACCUUACAGUGUCUAAGGGCCAAGACCUGUUUCCCUUGACUGGAGAUACACUUCUGAUUCUAGUCGAGAACGGACUUAUCGAUAUUCCAGACACGCCAGAGAAUGAGAUCCAAGACAAAGGCAAGUAUGGCAACUUUGUGCAAUCAUUUGCCCUACUGCAGUUGCUCUGGAGGUCCAUCAGGCUGCAUGUAGCCUCCGUGCCAGUUAUGCUGAGUCAUCUAUUUCCCUCUCACAAGGCCUUCUAUGUCUCUCGAUUCAGUCGGUUGGGUUGCCAUGGCGAAUUGGAUGACAGAUUUGACAACCUUCCGUCGUAG